AGCUAGCGCUCAUAGCUAUCCCUGACAGCAUUUCCAUUCCCAGGCGGUUAGCCGGUUCUCUCGCGUUCACAUCGAGAAGGUUUCUUUUGGAAUACUUCGCUUUCCGGAAAAAAAACAUAAAUACAGACGCACGAUAGCAAAAGAGCAUCGUUUGGAGAUUUCACUAACAAACGUGGAUCAUGGUCUCCAGCGAGUACAAACUGAACCAGGGGCCCGAGGAUGGCAUCUCGGCGGUCAAGUUCAGCCCCAGCAACUCUCAGUUCCUGUUGGUUUCUUCCUGGGACUCCACGGUCCGCCUCUACGACGUUGUCGCCAACACCAUGCGGAUGAAGUAUCAGCACGAAGCCCCGGUUCUCGACUGUGCUUUUUUCGAUCCGACACAUGCUUGGAGUGGAGAUCUGUACGCAAAGUUAAAAAUGCACGACUUGAACACGGACCAAGAUACAAUAGUGGGAAAACACGACGCUCCCAUUCGUUGCGUGGAAUACUGCCCGGAGGUGAACGUGAUGGUGACGGGGAGCUGGGACAUGUCAGUUCGACUGUGGGAUCCCCGGGCACCCUGCAACGCCGGCACCUUCUCGCAACCUGAUAAGGUGUACACAAUGUCCGUGGCUGGUGACAGGCUGAUUGUGGGCACAGCAGGAAGACGCGUUCUGGUGUGGGACUUGAGGAACAUGGGCUACGUGCAGCAGAGGCGAGAGUCCAGCCUGAAGUUUCAGACCCGUUGCAUCCGGGCUUUCCCCAACAAACAGGGCUACGUCUUGAGUUCCAUUGAGGGCCGCGUGGCAGUGGAGUACCUGGACCCCAGCCAGGAGGUUCAGAAGAAGAAGUACGCCUUCAAGUGCCACAGGCUGAAGGAGGACGGAAUGGAGCAUGUUUACCCCGUCAACGCUAUCUCUUUUCACAGUGUACACAACACCUUUGCUACAGGCGGCUCCGACGGCUUCGUCAACAUCUGGGAUCCGUUCAACAAGAAGCGCCUGUGCCAGUUCCACCGCUACCCGACCAGCAUCGCCUCGCUGGCCUUCAACAACGACGGCAGCAUGGUCGCCAUCGCCUCGUCCUACAUGCACGAGAUGGGCGACAUCAACCACCCGGAGGACGCCGUCUACAUCCGCCAGGUCACGGACGCCGAAACCAAGCCCAAGUGAUUCCUUCCGCCGCCACAGAGCACGUCCACGUGAUUUGUUACGUCACUCUCCAUAUCUUGCCUUUUCGGCUUUUUGAUAAACUGAAGAGAAGCUGAAAAUGACACCCCCCCUUUUUUUCUACUCUACUGAAUGAAUGCAAGACCCCCCCAAAGGUGGUUUCAUCUUACCGAUCCACACUUGGCAGGUUUUUAAGGUGUCUUUUUUAGCAUAAAAGGAGCGAGAGGACGAGUAGAAAAGAACACUCAGUGGAUUCCUCUCCUGGUUUUGUGGUCCACAUGUCAUUCUUCAUCCAUCUUUGACGCCUUCAUCUGCUGGCAUCAAGUGUAUAUAUUCAUCUUCUCUCUUUCUUUCUAAUUCAGCAGAUUGUCCGCUUCUUUUCUUGAUCUAAGUUUUCUUCUCAGAAAUCCUAUUUGUUUCAUUAAAAAUAAAGUUUUGAUAAUUUUUU